AUGGUGUCAUUAACGUUAAAUAAUCCUGUCGUGCAAGCAUAUAUCGUGCAUUCUGCGAUAUUAGCCCUCAAGUUAUUAUCACUAACAGUUCUUACAGCACUAGCACGUAUGACACGAAGAAUAUUUGCUAAUCCAGAGGAUGCGAAAAUGCUCAGAGGAGGAAAGGUCAAGUACGAUGACCCUGUCGUUGAGAGAAUUCGCCGAGCCCACUUGAACGAUUUGGAGAAUAUUCCCGCAUUUUGGAUACUCGGAGCGUUUUAUGUGACUACUGGACCGGCAGCAACAUUCGCAACGCUUCUUUUCCGAUUGUUUACCGUGUUCCGUAUUCUGCACACCAUCGUUUACGCUGUUAUUCCAUUACCUCAGCCUUCAAGAGCUAUAGCUUUCGGCAUACCUUACAUCAUAAUGCUGUACAUGGGUAUCCAAGUAAUCCUGUAUUAUGUCACAGCACUGUAAAGACUUUUAGUGAAAAUACUUACUGUGACCUUCCUGCAUUUAUUUAUUGUUUGGGUUUUGUGCAUACUAAAUUCGAAUACACCAUAUGGUCUGAUAUCUGUAAGAACCUGUUUUCCAAUGUGCCUCGAGUCGCAACCGACCACAGGUUAUCGCAUGUACCUAUAUCAACCCAAUGUUACUAUAUCUGUAGAUAAAUCGUGACUCGGCGUUAUAGCUGUUGUAUAAUUCAACUUCAUUCGGACGGAAAUAUCCGAGUUGUCAACAUUGUGUUGUUAUCGCCUGUCGUAUCUAACCUACAAAACAUAAAGUAUGGUGUCCAUUAAUCUCAGUGAUCCUGCCGUGCAAUCGUACAUUUUAUAUUCGGGUAUUUUGGGUUUAAAAUUAUUGGCCGUUACAAUAUUAACCGGCAGAGUGCGUUACGCUAAAAAAGUGUUUGCAAAUGAAGAGGACGCGAAGCGCACAAAGGGCAAGGUGAAGUACGAUGACCCCGACGUUGAACGAGUGAGACGCGCUCACUUGAACGAUCUCGAGAACAUUCCAGUGUUUUGGGUGCUUGGGGCACUCUAUCUUACAACAGCACCUGAGGCUGCCUGGGCAACUCUGCUGUUUCGAGUGUACACAGCUGGACGAAUACUUCACACUAUUGUGUACGCAGUAAAACCAUUACCUCAACCGGCGCGAGGCAUCGCCUUUGGUAUUCCUUUCAUAAUUACUGUGUACAUGGGUUUCAAAGUAGUUACACAUUUUAUAACUGCUUUGUAGCAAUAUAUUUGGUAUGUUUCGACUGUGAAAUAAUUUUGUAAUGGGUGAAAUGAUUUUUUUAUUAAAUGGUUGAAGUAAA